CAGUCACCACCAAUUCUUAGAAGGUAGUCGAGUAGCGAAGGUCAGUGGUUCUCAAAUAAGCCUUCCGGUUCCUCAUUGUUCUUGGCAAACUCAUCUCUAUGUGGGGCAAGAAUGGUGGAAAUAAAUAACGUAGUACAGACUCAAAGCAGACAGAGUUAGCGGGGAAAACCAACCAACCAAAGUGCUUUUCUAUGAGAUAACGAAGGAGCAGGCUCAUCCGGUGAGAAAAACAAGACAAAGCGCGGGCGUGAUUAUUUCAAAGCACAGGAACGAAAGGAACUUGUAACUUUAUCGCUUCUUCAUUUACAUGGACAUAGUUCCAUCUCUCUGUCCCCGCUUAUGGAGGUGCCUAAUCAGAACCGGAAAUGGCCUGGGAAUCCCCUAUACAUUUUUAUGUGAUGAGUUGUAUGCUGCCUUUUGCUACCUUGCUCAUGGGACUACUGCUGACAAGAACCAUGGCCUGGACCUCAACUGGAAAGACACAUGCUGAACUGCUCAACAAUCUUUACAAAAAUGGUGUGAUUAAAUCUCAAAGAGUCCUUGAAGUGCUGUUGGCAACAGACAGAGCUCACUAUAUCAAGUAUUUCCCAUACAUGGACUCUCCCCAGUCAAUUGGGUACAAGGCUACCAUCAGUGCACCUCACAUGCAUGCUCAUGCCCUUGAGUUGCUGAAGGACCAACUAGUGGAAGGAGCAAAAGCAUUGGAUGUAGGAUCAGGAAGUGGAUAUCUCACAGCUUGUUUUGCUAGAAUGGUGGGUCCCACAGGGAAAGCAGUAGGAGUCGAACACAUUGAAGACCUGGUUCAUGAAUCCAUCAGAAACGUCAGAGAAGAUGAUCCAGCUUUGCUUAGCUCUGGCCGCGUGAAACUUCUAGUUGGGGAUGGCAGGAAGGGGUACCCUGAAGAAGCCCCUUAUGAUGCCAUCCAUGUUGGAGCAGCUGCACCUACUGUGCCGAAGGAGUUGCUGAAUGAGCUGAAACCAGGAGGACGACUAAUUCUGCCCGUAGGGCCAGAGGGUGGAAAUCAGAUUAUGAUGCAGUAUGACAAAACCAAAGAUGGGCAGAUUGUGGAAAAGCAUCUGAUGGGUGUCAUAUAUGUUCCUCUGACAGAUAAGGAGAAACAGUGGCCUCGGGGUGAACUUUAAAAGUCUUAAAGCAUUUUUAAAGGAACUUUGGAUAACCUGUGAACUGUAUUUGGAAGGAAUGGUUCAUAUGCUGUACAUAGAAACAAAUAAGGCUCUGCUUUUCAAAUGGACUUUUUGAUACUGUUACACAAAUAUAACUUGCAAUGUGGGAGAAACUAGGAUAAAUCCUUCCAACAGGCUAAGAAUUGACUUAUUACCUCCUAACCCCAAGAACUCUUGGAGUUAGGAGGCAAAGCAGAUCAAUAGGUCCAAGACUAAUAACUAGAUAAGUCUAGCUGUCCUGUUUCAGUCUCCCCGAGGAAGUACGCCUGGCGCCGACUCUGCUCUCCUUCCGGCGCCAGGUCAAAACCUUCCUAUUCUCUGAAGCAUUUUAAGUUACACUGAUUUACUUUUUAAAAUGUUUAUUGUAUUGGAUUGAUGAUUGUAUUUUAGUAUUAUUUUGCUAUUCAUUGUAUUUUUAUGCUAUUUUAUGUUCACCGCCCAGAGAGCUAUUGCUAGUCGGGCGGUAUAUAAAUUAAUUAAUUAAAUAAAUAAAUAAAUAAAUAAUAGAAUACAAAUAAAAUCCUGCAUGCAGAAGAAAUAGCCGAGUCAGGUGUUUGUGCACUCUGCCUUUUUAUAUAUGCAAGGAAGCAAUUCUAAUGUGGUCAUCUGGUGUUUUGGGAAAUAAUUCAUUUGGUUGUCUUCUUCUGAACAUAACUGAAAAUAAAAUGCAUUUGUAACUUCUCCAAUAAACUAA